UUUACGCCACCAUGAGUUGUCAUAAUACAAGUUGCGUGCUUUCGGGGUCCACAUGCAAGGGUCCCUCCUAUAUAAAAGGAAUGAAUAUUUCACUGCGGCAGAAACUUGUGAGAAACUAUAGAGAAGACAACACAACAAAGUUCAACAGAAGAAACUUUUAGGCUAGACAUCAAAGAUGUCGUCCGAUAUGUCGGCAGGAGAUUUCAGAGGCGAGUUCAAAUGGGCGGGGAAAGAACAUCCCCACUUCCGGCCGGAGAUGAACGUUGUUGCAGGACAUGACUUGUACUCUAUGACCCCACAAGAAAGAAGGAAACUUAAGGUCGAUCUGGAGAAAGCUAGACAAAUUCCAGUAGAAGUGCCCAAACAGAACCCGCCCAUCAGGCGAUUCCGGUCCGAUUCCGUGGGAUCGGAGACUGGAUCCAUCACACCUGUUGGAUCCCCCACCUCGUUCGCUCCAAUGUCCGUCCCAUCUUCUUCCCUCCCCUCCGAGGCAUCCGGAAGAUUCCUGUCGCGCGCAUUUAGUCUGGAAAAAACACGCCCUAACUCGGCUGAAAAGUACUUCAAGAAUGAAUUUGACAUUAAAUGGCAAUAAAGUUAUCUGGAAAAACGGGUAUUGUACAUAAAUGAACAGUCAAUUAAUGGCAUUAAAUGUUUUUUCUUCAUAUUUUCAUGAUUUCCUCGAUCUCUUUUCACAUUUGCAUUAUGUAUUCUUAAUCGUAAGAAAUGCAUUUGUCCGUGAGGAAAACUUGCUGUGAGACGUGUGAAUAUGUUUGUUAUUGUUUGUAAAUAUGUCGGCCUUGUUCAUUUUCAUAUUCUGUUACAUAUUUCAUUUUUCAUCGUGUUUAAUUGUCAUCACAUUUUGUGCUCUAUGAUUGUGAUGGGCUAAUUUUUUCACUAAUCAUGACGGUUAUACAGUUUAUUUUUGCGAAUAAAAAUGUCUUUUUCCAA